CAAUGCGAAAAAUAAAAAAAACGAGGAGAUAUAAUAAUCUGAAAGCACCUCGCAAACGGUGAUCUCAGACACUGAUUCUUGUUGUCGCGUUACAUUCGAUUAUGCUACACACUUACAUGCUCCUCCGCAAUUGAAUUUUCAUAUUCACCUAAGUUGUUGUUGUUGUUGUUGUGUUCCGAUUAGAAUUUGUUGGAUCUGAUCGGAUUGGGGGAUCCAGCAUGUCCAAGUCUCUGCCCUACUCCAGAAAAGAUGUUGACUACGAUAACGCCAAGUUUCGUCACCGUUCUUUCUUCAAGGUUAUUACUCAGACCUUCCUCACAAGUAACCGAAAGCGUGAUUGUAUUAGCUGUAGUACUGGGAAGUUUCUGUUCUUGAUAUUGAUCUUUGGUCUAGUAUAUGUUGGGCUGACACAUAACCCAAUUCCAAGUCGUGUAGUUUCUCGAGAUCAAGUAUUUGGAAUUAGAAAGAAUGAAGAAAAUAACAGCACUACUAAUAAUGGUGUCGAAAGGUUAAAGAAGUUCUGGAGACGGGCGCCGAGGCUUCCUCCUCAAUUACCACCCGAUACUAAAAGGAGUAAUAAUGGUAUUGAUCAUGUACCUGAAACUACAGAUGUCAAAGCAUUGUGGAUUACUAGGCAACAGAAAGUUAAAGAAGCUUUUACUCAUGCGUGGUCGGGCUACAAAAAAUAUGCAAUGGGUUAUGAUGAACUUAUGCCGGUUAGCCAACAUGGAACGGAUGGAUUGGGGGGACUAGGGGCGACAGUAGUGGAUGCUCUUGAUACAGCUAUGAUAAUGGGUAUUGACGAAGUCGUUGCUGAAGCGGGAUCCUGGGUUGAAGAAAAUCUUUCCGAGAGAAUUAGCAAUAAAGGCCAAGUAAAUUUAUUUGAAACUACAAUACGAGUUUUGGGUGGGCUUUUAAGCGCAUAUCAUCUAAGUGGAGGGGAAAAAGGAAUGAACAUAAGUCAUGCCGGACCUAAACCGUCUGUUUAUCUAGAAACUGCUAAGAAUUUGGGUGACCGUCUGUUAUCUGCUUUCACAUCCAGUCCGACUCCCAUUCCAUUUAGUGACGUUAUUCUGCAUGAUUCUUCAUCACAUCCAGCUCCUGGUGGAUUGAGUAGCACAUCUGAAGUUUCCACGUUGCAGCUCGAGUUCAAUUAUCUCAGUUUUGUAUCUGGUGAUCAGAAAUAUAGUGUGGAGGCAAUGAAAGUCAUGGAACACAUAAAGACUCUUCCAAAGGUUGAAGGACUAGUUCCUAUCUACAUUAGCCCUCAUUCUGGCGAGUUUAGUGGAGACAAUAUUAGACUCGGAUCUCGUGGUGACAGUUACUAUGAGUAUUUACUUAAAGUAUGGCUUCAGAAUGGAGCUAGUACAGAUAACAGUACAUCGUAUUUAUACGACAUGUAUAAGGAAGCAAUGAAUGGUGUUAGGCAUCGUCUUGUUCAGAAAUCUGUUCCAAAUGAACUAGUUUUUGUUGGAGAAUUGCCUUCUGGACCAAAUGGUGGUUUCAGCCCGAAAAUGGAUCACCUGGUUUGUUUCUUAUCUGGAACUCUUGCACUUGGUGCCACUAAAGGCCUUACAAAGAAACAGGCAAUGGAAAACAAUAUGCUUAACUUUGAAGACCUAGAAAACUUGAAGCUUGCAGAAGAUUUAGCUAAAACAUGCUUUGAGAUGUACUCAGUGACUUCAACUGGUCUGGCUCCUGAAAUUGCUUACUUUCAUACCCAGGAAUUUUCUGAACAAGGUCAUGAAGGAGGAAAUAAGAGCUCAGAAUAUAUUAACGACAUCAUAAUAAAGCCUGCUGACCGCCAUAAUCUCUUGAGACCCGAGACUGUGGAGUCGCUCUUUGUUUUAUACCGUAUUACAGAAGAUCUAAAAUAUCGUGAAUGGGGUUGGCAAAUCUUUGAAGCCUUUGAAAAGUACACAAAGAUUGAAACUGGUGGAUAUAGUUCUUUGGACGACGUAACUAUUAUUCCUCCUCCUAAAAGAGAUAAAAUGGAGACUUUCUUCCUAGGAGAAACACUUAAGUAUUUAUACUUGCUUUUUGGGGAAAGCUCCCAUAUUCCAUUGGACAAAUUUGUUUUUAACACAGAAGCACAUCCUAUACCAAUCAAUUUGAAGAAAUGAGUUUUAUUCAUUAGAGGCUUUCAAUAGACGGUUUUUAGAAAUCCAGAUUGCGUUGGCACAAUGUUAGAUGCUUCUUUGAAGUUACUAUGGCAUCUCUCUGACUCUGAUCAAGAGUGCUUCUGGUUGUAAAGGAGUUAAAUAGCUUGGAUCUCAAGGAAAAUAGAAACUAUCCAAUAUUGUUUAAAACAUACAUUACAUCAGCAAACAUGCUGCAGAGGCUGUCACUCAAUUAUAUGACUUUUUUUUUUCUUGGAUUUACUACUAGACUUCUUGAUGAGUGUAAAUUGUUUCAACAAUCAUAAACCAAGAGCACCUUUUGUAAUUGAUUUGUAUGAUUUUCCAAUAUCUUGAUGGAAUACUUGGCAUUUUCAAAA